AUGCCACGCUCAGCCGCUGCGGCUCGAAGAGGUCAUCACAACAACACCAACGGCAGUGUGAACGGUAACAGUCGAAAUGAAAAUGGUCAUGCCGUCAAUGGAAAGCGUUUAAACAAGCAAAAAUCAUCGAGCCACCUGAACGGUAAUGCUAGCGGCAGUAGUACUUUGCAUUCCGCGCCCCAUCUCGAUCUCCGUUCGUCCAGCGACUCAUCGGUCAUAACAACCUCAAAGGCAGACGCUGCAGCAGUCGAUGGACUCAAAGGAGACAGUGCCGACCACGUUUAUACUAACGGUUCCGACCAUAAGGCUAAUGGCGACAUGGCGUGCGGACAAUCCAGCGGGAUCGUCUCGGCGGACUGCGGAUCAUCUUCUUCCAAGCCGGCAUCAGCUUCCAAGCGCCAUAACUCGUCGUCUGUAAAUCCGUUUCUGUUGGCCUCGACAAUUCUCCGGUCGUGCCCCCUGUACGAUACCAUCGCCAUCUUGAUCUUCCUUUUGCAACUGCCUCCGAUCGUCCUCACUUUGGUUCAGUUUCUCUUCGCCUCAUUGACCUUUAUGCCACCGGGCGGUGGAUCCGGAUCGUCGUUUACCUCGAAUUUUGAUAUUUUCCAGGGUCCCGCCGGUACACCUUCGUUUGGGACCAUGAUCGCCAUGGACGGGUUCUGUCUUUUGCUUUGGGGUCUCUUUAUGUGGACCUGGGCUCAAAACUUCGCCUUAGAUUUGGCUCAUGUACAGGUUGCCAUUACCCUCGGAGGCGGCGGAUCCGGUAAGAACGGCGGUGUCAAUGCUCUCUGUGUCGGUACAGUGUUGCUUCUGCAUAUUGUCAGAAGUAAAGGCAUACAGGACUUUGUUAUCGGCCAUCUUACCUCGGCCCAGAUAAUAAGUCCGGAUAUUCUAUCGCGCUGGUCACAUUUAAUUCCUCCUGAAUUCAGGCGAACGGAACCACAGACAUCACCCAGUUGGCUGAGAAGUCUUCUCGCUAUUCAUAUCUUAGCGCAAGCCGGUACUGCCAUGGCAAGAAGAUCGAUGGCUCGAAAUCGAUCACCUCAACCGUCUCGUUCCGGAAAACGUAUCGAUGCCGAGGCCUCUGCUGGUUCCCAAGCUCAGAUCGACUCCGCAUUUGAAUCCACGGCAAGUAUGACGUCUUACGGAGUCGAUGGUUCAAUAUCCGGCCCUUCUGCGCUAAAGGAAAGUAGGGAAAGACUUCAAAGUGCCAAAAAACGAAGAAGACAGGCAAAUCAGGUUCGAAGUAGACAGCCGUUUUGGGCUGCACUUGCGAGCACGAAGGUAACCGUUAUGAGAGAAUAUGAGCAUUCUAGAGCUGUUUCGAAAACGACCCGCGGCCUUCCAAUGACCGAAGAUGAUCUACAAGGGAUCACACUUGACGAUGGUUUGGUUUGGAUUACAAGCGUGGACAGUUCGACAAUCAAGUUCGCCGCUGGCGACUUUGCCGCAGCAGAAGACAAUUCGAGUUCGACCGUUUGCGAAAAUGGAAAAUUGGAAAGUAACGCCGUGGAACCAUUCUAUGUCUGUGUUAAUGGGGCUUUAUGGGCUACAACCAACAUGUGCAAGGUCACGGAUGGACCUAAGGGCUCCAGUGCUGUACAAUGGAGGGGUGAAAUAUCUGGAUUAGCCCCGAACUGCCCCUAUACCUGCUCCUUUAUUCGCAAUGACAACGACGAAGAGAUCUGCUCGCUUAGCGUCAAGACACCCCCCGCACCAGACACAGAUCAGAGUGUUGCUUCUAUGAUGCCAACUCCGCCUCGCCCUUUCCAUCGACCUUCUUCACCGACUUCAACGCUUCGGAAUUCGAUUGCAAAUGCGGAAUCGAAAUUGAACGAAAAACGUUCUCGCUUGAAAAAGGCCAAAGCUGACCACAAGAUUCUAUUAUCUCGCAUCAAGAAGGAGUUGGACAACUUCAACCACCGAUUGAGCAGUGGAAACGAUGAAAACCGACAAAAACAACGAUCAUUGCAGCUAGAACGAAAUAUCCGCCAGACCGAAGAAGCCACGGCCGCUCUUGAAUCGCAACUUGACAGCUUAGACAAGAUACCUGAAGAGGAGCUUGAAGAGUGGCAGAAACAAAAAGCUGAGUUUGAUCGGGAGAUGGAACGACUCAAAUCCGCCAAGGAAGAAUUGUUGAAUACCCGUACAUCCGUUGCCCGCGACCUGGCUUCGUUAGAGUCGGAUCUCGCCUCGGCAGUUCAAAAACGUGACCGUCUGCAGAGCCGCAAGGCCCGACUCAAUGAACAGUAUGAAAGAAUCAUCUCGGCUAAUGCACAGGGUCUGAACGAACGAGAACGUCGAGCCGCAGAACAGUUCGCUCGGGAGCAGGAGCAAGCUAAGAUUGAAGCCAAUUUCAAUGAACAGUUAGCAAGUAUCAGCCGUGCCGUACAAGAUUAUCAAAUGCGCACCAAUCAGUUGUGGCAACAAGCGUCCGGCAUCGAACAAGCGAUACAGCAACAGCAACAGCAGAUGCUUUUUGAAACCGGCCCUUUGACUCCCGAAGGAGUUCUUCCUGGUACUCGCCAUCUACACGAAGAAGAGGAGGCUGAAGGGGUCGAGCUAGACAAGGGCCCAUCUAUCAACAACUUGACCAUUACACCUGCCAACAGUCGGUCAAUUUUGGGUGCCAGCUUUUCUGCGCUUAGGGCUAGCCCUCAAACGACUUCUUCGUUUCUUGCUAGCUCAACUUCCCAAACUGUUAGUCCGUUGCAAGCCACCAGUCUCCAGCCCGGAUACCAAGCAUCACCUCGUGCGAGCGUCAACAACUACUUUGGGGGACGUGAUUUCUCUUACCGGGAUCGAUCCUCUUCCAAUCGCUCAGCAAGGAGCAGCUUGUAUGCCGAUCUUGAUUUCGAUCUGAAUCGUUACCUGCCCGAGCCAGCGGAUCGUCUCAGUUCUGUGUCCGAUGGCAAAGGUCGCACCAGCCCGACUUACGGUCCUAUUGGCAGUCCGUUUACACGAGCCGGAAGUCGUGGUAGUGGGGGCAGCAGUGGUAACAGCGGAAGUGGCAGUGGAAGCGGUAGUCCUCGGUCUACGCGUGCAGAGGGCUUGUAAUUUACAGGUCAUUUGUGCUCGCGGCGGGGAAGUGAUGCUAUGGAAGUGUGCAGAUAUUUGCGUUCUGGAUAAGUCUGGUCUCUUGUUAUCUUUUCUGUGCUUAGUGCGAUGGUCCUGCGGAGUGAACUUUUCUUCCGUCCAGCUGGUCGAUCAGUACUGCAAUUAGUUUAUAACCUUGGUGGAAUCGUCCACGGUUUGUCUCCUUUUCGCAGGUGGGCAAAACGCGAAGGGAGAUGACUCCACAUAUGUGUGUACUUUUUGACUAGAUAGAUCAGCUCAACGGCAGCCUCGGAGCUUGAAUCAAAAGAAUCCUGCCUAUCUAUGAUUCUGUUGUGUUCGUAAUAUACAGCUAUUUAUACAUUAUCUCUAACAUGGUCUUUCAUGCCUCCUCGCCCAUCUCCCAGAACCGGGUAUCGGCAUACAUCAGGCAGAAAUCCUCUUUCGUAUGUCGCGACGCUUCUGGUCCCUGUUGCAAUGCAGUAUCGCCAGUUGUGCCAGGUGAUAAUAUCCUCUGCACAUUCCCAAGCACAAUCAUAUG